AUGGAGGAUAACAAUCUUAGUGAUAAGGAUUAUUCUGCCUCAAAUGAUCAUGAUAUCUUCAAGAAAAAAUUUACUUCGCUUUCAAGACCAAGGCAACCAUUGAGAGAAACGAAUUCAAAUCUACCGAUAUCUUCAUUCAAAAGACAGGGUAAACAUGAUAAAUCAGUCGGUAUUCAUUCUCCAAAAACUCAAUCGCCUUGUGAAAACUUUGGUAAACGCAAACAUUCUCCCUUAAGGAAACUGCGGUCUAGUUUAAGUCCUUUGAAGAAAAUCGUCGAGGAUCUUGUUGUCAAAGACUCAAAUUCAGCACAAAGAGCUCAAAUUGAUACGCCCCUAGGAAAUUUGGAUAAGGCGGGAAAACCAAUUAAAAUAGUUGAAGGGGAAUCAACUCAGCCGGGGGGGAACCCAGGGGGGAACCCGGAGGGGCACCACCAGAUGAAGGAAAAGGGGCACCACCAGCAGAAGGAAAAGGAGCAGCACCAGCAGAAGGAGAGGGAGCAGUACCAGCACCAGCAGCACCAGCAGAAGGAGAGGGAGCAGCACCAGAGUCAAGGCAAUCACCUACCGUCGCAAAUACCCAAAACUAAUCCAAAUUCAAGUCAUGAACAAACUGCAGAACCGGUGUUUGAAACACCUAAAAAAAGAGGACGUGCCGCUUCUGACGAUAGAAUGGAACACAAAAGAUUCGUUAAACCCAAAACUGAGGAAAUAGCAACAAAUUUGUUAAACAAAUAUAUAGACAAAAGACCCCAAAUUGGCAUUGCAUCUACCAACCAAACUUACGAGUCUGAAAAGUAUACUACAAAAAAACUAGACUCUACAGUUACCAACAAACAUUCCAUCUCCUUGAAUGAGCAAAAAGAACAAAGUAGAAUAAAAAAUGAUGUUCAACUCCAUUCUCCUUUCCAAAGCCAGCUGAAACAGACCUUUUCUCAACAAUGCAAGGAGAAAAAUAUACCCCAUCACAAGCAAAAUGGAAGCAAAAGUACUAUCGAUGAUUCCACAAGCCAAGGGGGUCUCAAAUACAACAAAUCCUCACUCAAAAUGCUAGACUUGAACAGAUUGGACCAAAGGCAUCAGGAAAAAUCGGUAGAAAAUAAAAGUCGUAAAUUGCAACUGCAACUGCAGCAACAACAACAGCAUCAGCAACAGCAACAGCAUCAGCAACAGCAACAGCAACAGCAACAACAACAACAACAAAAGGCUAAUGGAAGAUUAUCAGGAGAUGAAUUAUUGCAAUGGCAGCAAUCUUGGAGGAAAAUCAUGAAAGAGUCUACUGUCUUUUUUGAAGGAUAUCAUGAUACACAGCUGUCAGAAUAUAGGCGAGCUAUUAAAUAUCUCAAGUAUGUUGGUUGUGAAGUUGCUCCAUUUUAUGGUAAUGAUGUUACAAUUAUCAUAUCAAAGAGGCCCUAUGACGAUAAAGCCCAUUACCCAGCACAUGACAUCUUUAGCAAUGUAUCCCGCUUGAAAGUUAAAGUUUGGAACUAUGAUAAGCUAUUCAGAUUUAUGAAGAAUCUAGGGUUAACAACCACUACCGUUUCGGAAGAACAGUCUGUUAAUACACAUACAAUUCUUCCCCCUUCAUUGUCCAACAAUAACCUAUAUAGUUUACUAAAAGGUGAGAAAAUUUAUGGAUCAACGGAUAGGGAUCCAAAUGCCAGGCGUGAUGAUUUUCAUUAUUUUGGUAAAAACUAUUUAUAUGUAUAUGACUUAAGCCAAGCGGUUAGACCAAUUGCAAUCAAGGAAUGGGGACAAGACUAUCCAACGUUAAGCCUAACAUUAGAUGGGAAGUGUCCAUUUAUAUAUGAUCCUUUAGACCAAAACUCAGAAAAGAAAAGGCUCAAGAGAUUAAGGAAAUUCGAGGCAACUAAAGCACAUCGUCAAGCCUUGAGAGCAGCUUCUAACAAAGUUAUUCAUGGUAUUACAUUGUCAGUUGAAGGUUUUACUGGAACGAGUACUAGCACAGAUAAUACUGAAGAGGCAUCCAACGAAGAGGCAUCCAACGAAGAGGAGGAAGAGGAGGAGGAAGAGGAAGAGGAGGAAGAAGAAGAAGAAGAAGAAGAAGAAGAAGAAGAAGAAGAAGAAGAAGAAGAAGCAGUGGAAUUCAGGCAACCAUUAACUAGAAACUCCUCAAAUAUGCAGUCGAGAGCUGUAGAAAAUAUGGCUUCUGGUUACAAUGGAGUAUCGAAUGCUUUACAAUUCUCGAUGGACUCAAACUUGAAUAGUAAUGCUCUUGCGGCUGGGAAUGGUUUAGGACCAAUUGGCUCACAAGUACCUUCGAAGAACUUGAAUAAUCUUAAAAAGAGAAUAUUUUUGAAGAGAAAGGUUGCAGAACGCAAGGACAAGGAGAUGACACCUGGGUAUUGUGAAAAUUGCCGUAUCAAAUACGAUAGCUUUGACGACCAUAUUAUGAGUAAUAGGCAUAGAAACUUUGCAUGCAAAGACAGCAAUUUCAAGGAUAUAGAUGAGUUAAUACUCACAUUGAAGGAAAGUAAGUCUUUGGGCCACGUCACAUCGAAUGCCAAGUCGCCUACAGAGUCGCCGUCGCCGUCGCCGUCACAGCAGCAGCAGCAGCAGCCCAGAGUAAAUCGUUUUGCGCAACAAUAUGCUCAACUGGAACAGCAGUCGCUGCACAAAAGUUCACUGGGGCAGCAGAACAGACCUCGGAAUCGGUCGCUGUUGUCUAAUUCCCAUGACGAUUCUCGGAAUAGUAAAAACUAUGAAUAUCAAAAGAAUGCAACUCCUCGUUCUGGAUUCAAUAGGACGCAGUAUGAACCAAAUGAUAGACUGCAACAAUCGCAAUUUAACAAUGGCCAUUUCCGAUCCAAUAACCAGGGGAACAAUGGGCAGCCGAGAAGAGACAAGGCUCCAUUUCAAUCCAGAGAUAAUCAUCAACAACGACAUACUCCGGGCUUUGGCCAUCAAUUGAAACAAAUUGUACCUCAACUUACAAAAGAAGAGAUUGAACAACAAAAGACUUUGAAAUUCCAAGAACUUCAAAAGGAAAUUGCAAGACAAGAUGCCGCUAAGGAUAAUAAUCGAGAUACUCAGCAAAUUAAAUCACCCAUGUUUCAAAAAAAAAUCAUUAAUAGUAAGAAAAUGCAAAGGAACAACAACAACAACAACAAGAAGAAGAAGAAGAAGAAAGCCUUGGUGAAAAUCCAACUCCCGCCAUUUAUUUCUGUUUCUAAUUUGGCUACCGUCAUGCAGGUCCCUUUAAAUGAUGUAUUCAAAAAACUUGAAGGAUUAGGGUUUGAAGAUAUAAGACACUCAUACAUUUUAGACAAGGAGAAUGCCGCAAUGAUAGCAGAUGAAUAUGAUCUUGAAGUGGAAACUGUUAAAGAAUCCAAAAAUUUAGAUUUAUUCCCGGCUCCGGUGAAACAAGAGUUGCUAAAGGAAAGGCCACCGGUAGUAACAAUCAUGGGACAUGUUGAUCAUGGGAAAACUACAAUUUUAGAUUACUUGAGAAAAUCGUCAAUAGUCAAGGGGGAAUUUGGCGGUAUUACGCAACACAUUGGUGCGUUUUCUGUAAUUGCUCCACAAUCAAAUAAAAAAAUUACAUUUUUAGAUACCCCUGGUCAUGCGGCUUUCUUGAAAAUGAGAGAACGAGGUGCUAUUAUCACGGAUAUCGUGAUUUUGGUAGUUGCUGCUGAUGAUUCGGUGAUGCCUCAAACAAUUGAAGCUAUAAAGCACGCUAAAAAAGCUGGUGUGCCAAUGAUUGUUGCUAUAAACAAGUGUGAUAAGCCGGGUAUCAAUGUUGAUAAAGUUUUGGCAGAUUUGUCCGCUCAAGGUGUUGACGUUGAAGAUUAUGGGGGAGAGACGCAGACUGUACAAGUUUCUGGUAAAACCGGGUUGAAUAUGGAUAAACUUGAAGAAGCCAUAGUAACAUUGAGUGAGUUAAACGAGUUUAAAGCAGAGACAAAAGAUGUACCAGCAGAAGGGUGGAUUAUUGAAUCUGAAGUAUUGAAAGGAAUGGGAAAUGUAGCUACGGUAUUGGUACGCCGAGGGUCUUUAAAAACAGGUGAUAUUAUUGUUGCAGGCGAGACAUUUUGUAAAAUUAGAGGAAUGAAGGAUGAAUAUAAUAAAGUGAUUAAAAUUGCAGGGCCUUCGACUCCAGUCCAAGUUUGGGGGUGGAAAAAUUUACCGGAUAGUGGUGAUCAAAUCUUGCAAGCUCUGACAGAACACGUUGCUAAGAAAGUGAUUGAUUAUAGGGUUGCUCGAUCCCAAGAAAUUCAAGUUUCCAGAGAUAUUGAAGAUAUCAAUGUUAAGAAUGCCGAAGCUAUUAAAGAAGCUGAAAGACUAGACAAAAUUGCCGAGAUGAAGAAGGCAGGGUUGGAUCCAAGUGAACUAGAAAAAGCAGUAGAAGAGAAUGGUAUUAAGAAAUGCGAGUAUAUUAUCAAAGCCGAUGUAUUUGGUUCCGCGGAAGCUAUUAAAGAAAGCAUUGAUGGUUUAGGUAACGAUGAAGUUAAGGCUUCGGUUCUUUCCCAUUCAGCCGGUCCACCGACGGAGUCUGAUAUUGAGCUUGCCAAAACUUUUGGAGCAACAAUCUUUUGCUUUAAUAUACAAGUACCAAAGACAAUUCAUUUGAAAGCAGAACGCGAAAAAGUGGAGAUAAAGGAACACAACAUUAUCUAUAGGUUGAUUGAAGAUGUCACUGAGAAGUUGAGUACACUUUUAACUCCUAGAAUAGAGACCAAGAUUUUAGCCGAAGUGGAAGUGAAGGACGUUUUUACAAUAUCUCAAGGUAAAUCGAAAAUGAAGGUUGCCGGAUGUAAAGUAUCCACGGGUAUCAUCAAGCGUUCUUCUCAAGUUAAAGUUUUAAGAGAUGGCACCCAAGUGUUUAAAGGCAACUUAUCUUCACUCAAGCACGUUAAAGAAGAUAUCGCUGAGGCUCGCAAGGGAGGUGAGUGUGGUAUCACUUUCAGCGAUUGGAACAAAUUUGAACAGGGCGACAUCAUUCAAGCAUUUGAAGAUGUUGAACAUAAACAAUACUUGUAA